UGAACUUAUGAGUAGUAGUGAUUGUCAAAUGUUUUGUGGAUGAAUUGUGCUAGCUCUUCUCAUGGGUUGUGUCUUGACCAAAAAAAGUAGACGACCGCCUGGUUAUGAGGAGCCUACUGUUCUUGCUGCUGAAACACCUUUCACUGUUAGCGAAGUAGAGGCCUUGUAUGAGCUGUUUAAGAAAUUAAGCAGUUCAAUAAUUGAUGAUGGGCUAAUUCACAAGGAAGAGCUUCAGCUUGCACUCUUCAGGAACAGAAAUAGGAGGAAUCUUUUCGCUGACAGGAUCUUUGAUCUGUUUGAUGUCAAGCGCAAUGGGGUCAUCGAGUUUGGGGAAUUUGUUCGAUCGUUGGGCAUCUUUCAUCCAAACGCACCUGUGGAGGACAAAAUUGCAUUUGCUUUCAGAUUGUAUGAUCUAAGGCAGACUGGUUUCAUUGAGUGGGACGAGUUGAAGGAGAUGGUUUUGGCGCUACUGCAUGAAUCAGAUCUCGUACUUUCAGAUGAUUUCAUUGAAACUAUUGUGAAUAAGACCUUUAGUGAUGCCGAUACAAAAGGUGAUGGAAAAAUUGAUCUAGAAGAAUGGAAAGAGUUUGUGUCUAAGAACCCCUCUCUGAUAAAGAACAUGACUCUUCCAUAUUUGAAGGACAUAACCUUGGCAUUUCCCAGCUUUGUGAUAAGUACUGAAGUUGAAGAUUCAGAAGUCUAGGUUCAUAUCAUAUCUAAAAUGCAUCGACAUUGUUGCUUUUUGAGAUGAACAUAAUCUACAAGCGAACUUAGAUUCCACAUGGUUUCAUAUCUAUGCUCC